GUGAUGAACCAUGAACGGAGUGACCCAUGCACACUAACUAGGAGCAGCCAGGUAGUCUGACGUCACCGCAUCCACCCCGCGUCUCACAGCGGGCGAGCUCACAUACAUAAUUCCACAACGAAUGCAUCACCAAAUCACUCGCCACCUCCUCCGAUGCGGCAAACUCACCACACGACUCCACCAGCAGCCCCGUUUCUCCACAGUCCGCAUAAAAAUGACCACGCCCACAACGCCCACUCCCAAGCUCCCAGCAAACCUGACUAGCGCCCAGCUCCUCUCCUUCAAGCCAUACACCUCGUGGCUAUCCUCACUGACCUCGUCGCUGUCACAGCAACAGCAGCCAUCGCACCCCUUCCACAGCGACCCAUACAUCCUCCGCUCGCUCACAGUCUCGCACGCCGACUUCUUCGGCCAGCGGAUCGGCUUCCUCAACGUCACCGCGUCACUGACCAAUUCCGCGGGCGAGUCCCUGCCUGGCAUGGCGUUCCUGCGCGGCGGGUCGGUGGCCGUACUCGUUAUUCUACAGGAAGAAGAGGGCGGGGAGGGGGAGGAGUGGGCGCUGCUGACGGUGCAGCCGCGGGUGCCGGCGGGCGCACUGGAGUUUGUGGAGCUGCCUGCGGGGAUGGUCGAUGGUGAUACGUUCACAGGCGCCGCCGCGAAGGAGAUCGAAGAGGAGUGCGGGAUCGUGAUUAAGGCGGAGGGGUUGGUCGAUUUGACAAAGUUGGCGCUGGGGGCGCUGGUGCGCGAGAUGGAGGGAGAGAGGUUGGAGGCUGCGGUGUACCCCAGUCCUGGAGGCUGCGACGAGUUCGUCAAGAUAUUUGCGUACACACACGCGAUCGAUAAGGGCACACUUGGCGAGUGGAGAGGAAGGCUGACAGGGCUGAGGGAGGAGGGCGAGAAGAUUACGCUCAAGGUGGUCAGGUUGAGGGAUCUGUGGAAGGAAACGCUUGAUGCGAAGGCCUUAAGUGCCGUGGCGCUUUUUGAGGGGUUGCGGAGGGAGGGGCAUAAAAUUUGAUGGAAUAGCCGGCGGAAAUGGAGGGUUUGAUGGGUGGUGAUGCGUUGCGUUUAAUCGUGAAGUAAUUGCUUGCGACCUAGAUAGAUUAUGGCGAUAUACAUGAUGUGCACACUCUGGUUCCACGCCGCUGUCCAAUCUUACUUCAUAGCCCGCCUGCUGGAGUCCCAUACGGACCUUGUGUCCCUUCCACUGGGUGCCAUGGCACCAGACGACGGCGUAGGUAGCCGGCUGCUUUGUAGUCCGUUUGCGUUCCGUCUGUGACUCCGUGUACAUCGAGAGGCCAAGGGCUGUGGGCGUACGGC